GCAAUGAAAAUGAAAAGCAUUUAUUUUGUUGCUGGUCUCCUUUUAAUGAUAGUUCAAGGCAGCUGGCAAAAUCCUCUUCAGGAUACAGAGGAGAAAUCAAGAUCAUUCAAAGCUUCCCAUUCUGAACCAAUAGAGGAAUCUAGACAGCUGAAUGAAGUGAAACGUCACUCACAAGGCACAUUCACCAGUGAUUACACCAAGUACCUGGACACCAGACGAGCUCAGGACUUUGUGCAAUGGUUAAUGAGCACUAAAAGAAAUGGCCAACAAGCACAGGAGGACAAAGAAAACGACAAAGUCCCUGACCAGCUCUCAAGCAAUGCAAUCUCCAAGCGUCAUGCUGAAUUUGAGAGACAUGCUGAAGGCACCUACACCAGUGAUAUCACCUCUUAUUUGGAAGGUCAAGCUGCCAAAGAGUUCAUCGCUUGGUUGGUGAAUGGACGAGGAAGAAGAGAGUAA